UCGUGGGCGCGGGCGGGCGGCAGGGCGCGUGGCCGGGGCAGGGGCGCGAUGAGCGGGGCCGGCGCGGGGCCGGGGUCCGCGGGCUCGGGCGCAGGCCGGGGGCUGCGCGUGGACGGGCUGCCCCCGCUGCCCAAGAGCCUGAGCGGGCUGCUGCACUCGGCGUCGGGCGGCGGCGCGUCGGGGGGCUGGCGCCACCUGGAGCGCCUCUACGCCCAGAAGUCACGCAUCCAGGACGAGCUGAGCCGCGGGGGCGCGGGCGGCGGCGGGGCCCGGGGGGCGGCGCUGCCCUCCAAGCCCCCCAACCUGGACGCGGCGCUGGCUCUGCUCCGCAAGGAGAUGGUUGGCCUCCGCCAGCUGGAUAUGUCCUUGCUCUGCCAACUCUACAGCCUGUAUGAGUCGAUCCAGGAAUACAAGGGAGCAUGCCAGGCAGCGGCCAGCCCAGACUGCACCUACGCUCUGGAGAACGGCUUCUUCGAUGAGGAUGAGGAGUACUUCCAAGAGCCGAGCUCCCUCCAGGAUGACAGAGACGGAGGCCUACCACGGAACGGGUCACUGCCCACCUCUUCCCUCUCCAGCAGCGACUGGGCUCUGGGUUCCCUGUAGAGGACAGUGGGCAGCUUCCCUGACUGCUGGUCACGCCCUCUGCUUCUUCCUGCCAGAAAGCUCCUGGGCUGUCGGGUCCACUUGCAGGCAGGAGACUCUCCAAUGACACCUGGUGGCGGCCGGCUGCAACAGCCGCGUGGCUGCUCAUGGGGAGACCCUGGACCCUCACACACUUGCCGUGCAGAUCUGUCGCGAGGAUGGACGAGAGAAUCUGUAGAAGGCCUCCAGGGAGGUCUGUGUGGGGUGGCUGGUUGUUAGUGACUUCCCUGAAGUAGGUCAUUGGCACCCCCAGUGUUGUAAGGUUUGUGAUGUGUGAACAUCAGCGACUCACUGUGCCCCUUCCUCAGCCCGCUCUGCAGCUUUUCGUGCUGUUUCAUGAGCCUCUGAGCCUCUUACUUCAGUUUUAUUUAUUUAGAAGCUGCAUUACUAACUGGUCAGGUGACCUAGUGAGCGCUUUUGACUGAGAAAUGAAGCAUUUCUCUUGAACUUUCCAAAAAUUUAUACCAUUCCUUGUUCUUCAGAUACAGGAGGAGAGAUCGGAAGGUACGUUACAUAAAACAAAACUGGAACAAACUGGUGG